AUGGCAAAUGGACAAGUGCCUGUUGUGACAGUCGGCCCGUUGGGAGACAGUCCAGUUCAGGUUGCCUGUCCUAAGUGCAAUCAGGUGGUGCUCUCCAAGGUGGACUACACCGCUGGUUUGCUCACUUACCUUUUCUGUGGAGGACUCUUCUUCUGUGGCUUUGUUUUAGGCUGCUGUCUCAUCCCGUUCUGUGUGGACCGACUGAGAGAUGCAAAGCACACCUGUCCUACCUGCAAGACUGAACUUGGCGUGUAUAAACGCUUAUAA